UAAUUAAGCCCAACUACCAAACAAGCUCCUUCAUGAAACACAAUCUUUCGACUUGCACCACCAUCUCCAUUAUAUACAGCAAGGCCUCUUACACUCAGCCAGCGACCAAAACCUUAAAACUAGCAAUCAAUUCAAUUCUUAUCUUCAUGGCUGCCUCUGUUGUCCUGAAGCUGACUUGCUUGGUGCUUGCAUGCAUGGUGGCAAGCGCACCCAUGGCUGCCGAAGCAGACAUAGCAUGCAACCAGGUGGUGAGUUACCUGACCCCAUGUGUUUCUUAUGUAGCCAGUGGUGGGUCUGUGCCGGCUGCUUGCUGCAGCGGGAUCAAGUCCCUCUACGAUCUGGCUAAGACCACGGCGGACCGCCAGAGCGUUUGCAGGUGUCUGAAGCAAGCUGUUAAUGGGAUUCCGUACACUGGUUACAACAUUGGUCUAGCAGCUGGACUUCCUAACAAGUGUGGGGUUAACCUCCCUUACAAUAUCAACCCUUCUGCAAACUGCAACGAGUAUGACUGCUAGCUCUUUUAUAUAUGUCUGCAUGCAAAAAUAUAUUUUUUUAUGCAUGAAGAUUAUUAUAAGUCCACGAUAGCAAAUAUACAUGUGUUUUACGCACAACAAGCUGAUGUGGUACAGCCAUGUUAGCUCAAAAACAUUGGCCACCUUCUUUUAUGGAUGGCCGAUCACUUCUUUAAGGCUGGUAAGCCACCUCAACUGAACCUUUGAGGGUUGUUGUAAGUCGUAACCACUCCCAAAGUCCUAUUUAGUAGUUACGGCCACUAGAUCUCUUUGAUCUGGUGGUAUCGUA